AUGGAUAUUGAUAUUGCGAUCAAUUUGUUACAAGGACUUGAUCAAUUUCUUGAUGAGUUCAGAGAAGAAGGGUUUGCUAGUUCCAUGAAUGAAGCUAAACAAAUGGCAAGUGAAAUGGGGAUUGAACCUAAAUUUCAAGAAAAACGCAUCAUUCGAAGAAAGAAACAAUUUGAUGAAAGUGACAAUGAUAAUGUGACACGAUCAAGUGAAGAGUCUUUUAGAGUUGAAUAUUUUCUAUUUAUAAUUGAUCAAGCUCGAUCUUCUCUUCAAGUUCGAUUUGAACAAUUUAAACAAUAUCAAGAGAUUUUUGGGUUUUUAUUGAAUUUGGAGAAGUUGAAGAGUGAGCCUUUAACUAGCUUGAUGAAGUCUUGUAUGGAGCUUCAACAAUUUUUGAGUCACGAUGGACGUUCAGAUAUUAAUGGUGAUGAGUUGUGUUCAGAGUUGAUGGUCGUGAGAUGCUAUUUAACAAAUGAAAAAAGAGCAAUUGAUAUGCUACAAUCUCUGGCAAAACUAAAUGGUUUAUUCCCAAAUACUUACAUUGCCUAUAAGAUUUUGUUAACCAUACCAGUAACAGUUGCAUCGGCAGAAAGAAGGCCAUUUUUUAUUUUCGCUUCGGGCCUCGUCAAAGACAGGUACGGCUCUGCCCCAAACCCUAGCGCCAAUUCACCCUCCCUCCAUUCCAGACCACCAAUGCUUUCCGCCGCCUUCAGCACUUCCCUCUUCGCCCGACCCACGCCCAGGGGCCGCCUCGACAACCGCACUCCCAUUUCUUGUCUUCCUCACAGAAUUUACCCUCCCCCGAUUCGAUCCUGCAACGGGCGCAGGAACUUUCUUGUCUCCAUUUCCAGGAGCCUCUGCUGUUCCACUGGCAGUAGAGUCGCCCGUUCGCCAGUUGCCAGUGGUCUGGAUUCCGAUACGAGAGCGAUGCCUUCCUCGGACCAGAGAGUUCCAGUUCUUGAGCUGGUUCGAUCGCGGGGUUUCCGUUCUGUGCUUGCGGUGAUUGCCUGCGGGUUACUCGCGGCAAACUGUGGCAGAGUUCUUGCUGCAGAGGGAGUUGCGGAGUCUGGCAUUCUGGCGUUUGGUUCCAAAAAAGCAGUUUUUAGUGGGUCGUGGCCUAAGUUGUUACAGGUUCUUGGCGUGCUUCGGGAGCAAGGUUUGUUUUUGGCUGCGCUGCUAGGGAUUUCAGCCUUCUUUUCUAUGGCGGAAACUUCCAUCACGACUCUGUGGCCUUGGAAGGUUCGUGAAUUAGCUGAAAAGGAUCCUGAAAAUGGUGUGUUCAGAAUGCUUCAGAGUGAUGUUACUCGGUUUCUGACAACCAUUCUCAUUGGCACAACUGUGGUCAAUAUUGGUGCCACAGCACUUGUUACGGAUGCAGCAACUGCAAUUUUUGGAGAAGCUGGGAUUAGUGCAGCAACUGGAGUCAUGACUGUUGCUAUUUUGUUGCUAACAGAAAUUACACCAAAAAGCAUUGCUGUUCAUAAUGCCGCGGAAGUAGCUAGGUUUGUUGUCAGACCAGUAGCAUGGCUUUCAGUAGUGCUAUAUCCUGUUGGGCGGAUCACCACUUUUCUUUCGAUGGGUAUGCUUAAAAUGCUAGGUCUAAAAGGUAGAAGUGAACCUUAUGUGACCGAAGAUGAACUGAAGUUGAUGUUAAGAGGAGCAGAACUAAGCGGCGCAAUAGAAGAGGAAGAACAGGAUAUGAUUGAAAAUGUUCUAGAGAUAAAAGAUACGCAUGUCAAGGAGGUAAUGACUCCUCUGGUUGAUGUAAUUGCCAUAGAUGCAAGUGCAAAGCUAGCUGAUUUCAAAAAUCUAUGGGAAACAUAUCAAUAUUCAAGAGUACCUGUUUUCCAAGAUCGGAUUGAUAACAUAGUGGGCAUUGCAUAUGCAAUGGACAUGCUGGAAUAUGUGGAAAAGGCUGACCAUCUAAAAGACUCGACUGUAAGGGAGAUUGCUCACAUGCCAACAUACUUCAUUCCUGAGCGCGGGCGCACCGGUGCUGUCCGGGACGGUUUCCCUCGAGAGUACCCCAACUCCUCAGGGAUCUCCGAGGGCCAGCUCUGCGGUGCCGCCGUCCAGCCCUUCCAGAACUUUGCGCCGUAUUAG